AUGGGGCAGAGCUUCUGCCGCCGCCGCAUGCCCCUGGCGUCCGAGGUCGAGUCCGUGGAAGAGAAGGAACUGAGGAGCCGCAGCUCCAUCGCCACGGCCGCAGAGCGCCGGCAGGCUGAGGAGCGCUGCGAGCAGUGCGUGCUUGCGCAUUCCCGAGUUGGUCGUGAAAGUCUUGCCCAGUGCAAGACAGUGGGCGAGCUGGAAGAUUACGUGGCAGACCUGGAGGCCCGGGAGCGGCUGCUGGCGGGCUACGUGGGCGCGGACGAGCGGGAGCGCGAGGGCCUGGCGUCCAGCGGCUGA